CCCAAGCAGCUGUGCAGAGGCUCCUUCCUGGCUGAGCUGUGUGGGACUUCCCAGAAGCAGAGGGCGGGUCUGCUUCUCCCUUCUGCCCCAGAAAAGGAAAGGAAGCCAGUGCCAUCCAGAGGUCUUUCCUCAGCAAAGCUUUCACCAUGGAGCAACUGAGCACUGCCAACACCCAUUUCACCCUGGACCUGUUCCUGGCUCUGAGUGAAAACAACCCAACAGGAAACAUCUUCAUCUCUCCCUUCAGCAUUUCAUCUGCCUUGGCCAUGGUUCUUCUGGGGUGCAGAGGCAACACUGCAGCACAGCUCUCCAAGACCUUUCAUUUCAAUGAAGUUGAGGAUAUUCAUUCCAGAUUUCAGGAUCUGAAUGCUGCGAUUAAUAAACAUGGAAGUCCCUAUAUUCUGAAAGUUGCUAACAGAUUAUAUGGAGAAAAAACAUAUAGUUUCCUCCCGGAGUUCUUGGCUUCAACUCAGAAAAUGUAUGGUGCUGAGUUGGCCAGUGUGGAUUUUCAGCAUGGCUCUGAGGAGUCCAGGAAGGCAAUAAAUGAAUGGGUCAAAGGGCAGACAGAAGGGAAAAUUCCAGACCUACUUGCUUCAGGUAUGGUUGAUACCAUGACCAAACUUGUGCUAGUGAAUGCCAUCUACUUCAAGGGAAAGUGGCAGGAGAAAUUCAUGAAAGAAGACACAACCGAUGCCCCGUUCAGACUGAACAAGAAAGACACGAAAACAGUGAAGAUGAUGUAUCAGGAGAAAAAGUUUCCUUUUGGCUACAUCCAGGACCUGAAGUGCCGGGUGCUGGAGCUGCCUUACCAGGGCGAGGAGCUCAGCAUGGUCAUUCUGCUGCCUGAUGACAUUGAGGAUGAGUCCACAGGUCUGAGGAAGAUUGAGAAGCAAUUUACUCUAGAAAAACUUCGUGAGUGGACCAAACUUGUGAAGCUGAAAAAGCCUGAGGUCAAGGUCAAAUUGCCCAGAUUCAAACUGGAAGAAACCUAUGUGCUCAACUCUGACCUAGCUCGCCUGGGAGUAGAGGAUCUCUUUAUUAGUAGCAAGGCUGAUCUGUCUGGCAUGUCAGGAGGCAGAGAUCUUUUCAUAUCAAAUAUUGUCCACAAAUCUUUUGUGGAAGUGAAUGAAGAGGGUACAGAGGCAGCAGCUGCCACUGGAGUUGUUGCCACCUUUUUCUCAAGACCACACAUUGUAGACUUCACAGCUGACCAUCCAUUCCUUUUCUUUAUUUGGCACAACCCCACAGAUAACAUCCUGUUCCUUGGCAGAUAUUCUUCCCCUUAGAAGAAAGAGUCUCAGGCAAAGAAAUCAAGGUCAAGAAUAUAGUCUUAGUUCCUGAGCUUUUAAUAGUUAAAAUUAUCAGUUACUUUUUACCAAUAAAAUUACUAUCCAGAAGCUACCUUCAAUUUCCUUUAAAAUCUCAUCUCUCUUGGCUUUUUAUAUAAUUAAUUUUGUACUAUUUAGGUGAAUACUUAUUUAGUUGGUGUUGGUAUUGGGCUUUGAAGACAGGGCCUCCUCUUCUUACCUUGAUUUUUUUCACUGAAUGCUGGCACUCUACAUCUUGAGCCAUACCCCCAGUUCUGCCUUUAUUUUUUGCUGGCUUAUGGAAGAUAAGAGUGUUUCCCAUUGAUCUGUCAGGGCUGACUUUGAACUUCAAUCCUCAGAUCUCAACCUCCUGAGUAGCUAGGAUUAUAUUCAACAGAGUUCACAAUGAAAGGAGAAAAAUCCAGUGAUUGUGUUUGAGUUAAAAAUAAAGGAUAACUCAGAUGUAUAGAUUCUUAACCAUGUAGUAAUCUGUGAAGUUGCCAUGCUCUCCAUAGUAGACAUGACUUUCAAUCGUCACUUAUUUCUCAGUCUGGAAUUAGGAUGAGGCAAAAAGAAGAGAUGAAAUCAAUUUUACAAAGUAAUCAAACAUUAUUUAAAUGAAUGAAACUAUGUACACUGUCCCUACCUUCCUCCAUCCAUUUCUCCUUCCCUUCUGCAUUGUGCU